GGCCCCGCCUCUCCGCCCCCCCGCCCGGCCGCCGCCGCCAUGGAGUCGAACCGGGACGAGGCGGAGCGGUGCAUUGGUAUUGCGCUGGCCGCCGCCAAGGCCAACCAGCCCGACAAGGCCCGUCGCUUCCUGGAGAAGGCGCAGCGCUUGUACCCCUCGCAGCGGGUCCGCGUGCUGCUUGAGUCACUCAACAAGAAUGAGCAGUCUGCCAAUGGCCAGUCCCAGUCCAGGGAGUCCACAAAGCCCCAGUUCAGGAAAAUGAGUGGAGAAUUCCCAUCAGCCAACGGAGAGGCUGGCGGGGAGGCCCCCAAGGGCUACACCCAGGACCAGCUGGAUGCAGUGAAGAGGGUAAAGCAGUGCAAAGAUUACUAUGAAAUUCUGGGAGUCAACAGAGAAGCUUCCGAUGAGGAUCUGAAGAAGGCCUACAGGAAACUGGCCCUGAAGUUCCACCCAGACAAGAACCACGCACCAGGGGCCACAGAGGCCUUCAAAGCCAUCGGGAACGCGUACGCCGUGCUGAGCAACCCCGAGAAGAGGAAGCAGUACGACCAGUUCGGAGACGAGAAACUCAACCCCGCGCGCCACGGGCACAGCCACGCCGACUUCCACCGCGGCUUCGAGGCCGACAUCUCCCCCGAGGACCUCUUCAACAUGUUCUUUGGGGGUGGCUUUCCUUCUAGUAAUGUUCACGUGUACAGCAAUGGCAGGAUGAGGUACACCUACCACCAGAGGCAGGACAGGCGCGAGCACCAGGGCGACGGUGGCCUGGGGCUGUUUGUCCAGCUGAUGCCCAUCCUCAUCCUGAUCAUCGUGUCUGCUCUCAGCCAGAUGAUGGUCUCCAGCCCACCCUACAGUUUGAGCCACAGGCUGUCUGUGGGUCACACACACAGGAGGGUCACAGAGCACUUGAAAGUCCCCUACUACGUGUCCGAGAGCUUUGCCGAGGAGUACACGGGCACGAACCUGAAGAACGUUGAGCGGAGCGUGGAGGACGACUACAUAGCCAACCUCCGGAAUAACUGCUGGAGAGAGAAGCAGCAGAAGGAAGGCUUGUUGUACCGGGCACGCUACUUCGGGGACUCGGAUCUGUACCAGCGGGCACAGAAGAUGGGCACCCCCAGCUGCAGCAGACUCUCAGAUGUCCAGGCCUCCCUGCACUGAUAGAGCCAGCCCAGAGCGUUGAAAUGCCUGAAGACUUUUGGGGAAGUGCACUGAGCCGAGGUGACAGACUUUGCUAUUUAAAAAGAAUCAAACCUUAUCUUAAAAAUGGAAUUGGAGAAUUAGCAACGCACAACUGCCCCUCUUUCUUCUCUCUGCCUCUCUCCGACGAUCGCAGGCAGCGCUUGGGACAGGAAAUCCAGCCCUCCGUCUUCCUCCUCCCCUUCCAACACCGCUGGCGUGCUCCCAGGAUCCCACAAGGAUCCCACAGGGAUCCCACAGGGAUCCCACAGCCCCUGGAACAGACACAGAGUGUAAAAUAACCCACACUAACUGCAGAAGCCACGAAGCAGAAGGAGACCCUUCGCCGCUGCCAAUGGAGAGAGAAGUGGGAUGAUUUGUUGAUAAAAGAAGACACAACAGAAAAAGAAAAGAAAGUAUAAUCUAUUUAGCAUUAAUUUAUAGCUGUAUAUAUGUUGUACUUUUAAACUAUGCAGGUGUUGGAUGAUUAAAUUAUUUUGGUUUCUGCCCGUUCUGGGGAGCAGGGCAGCAGGAAGCCUCCCCCCAGGGUGUCUCUGUCUGCAGCACUCUCCUGCCUGGAGAAUGGGAAUCCCUUUGCAGUUGCUGUGCUUUGCUCCCGGGAGGACGUUCUGAGGACGGGGCUGUCCAUACACUGCUCUUGGGGUUCUGAUAAAACCCAGUCCCAAACGUGCAGGGGCUCCUGGGGCAGCGCCGUGGAUCUGCAGGGUCGGCUGAGCACGGGGAGGAUUCCCUGGGCACGGGAAGGAUUCUCUUGGCACGGGAAGGAUUCCCUGGGCACAGGAAGGAUUCUCUUGGCACGGGAAGGAUUCCCUGGGCACAGGAAGGAUUCUCUUGGCACGGGAAGGAUUCCCUGGGCACAGGAAGGAUUCCCUGGGCACGGGAAGGAUUCCCUGGGCACGGGAAGGAUUCCCCGCUGCAUUUUGCUCAUCGGUCUUUGGGUGAUUUGUGCACGUAACUCCUUUUUCUGCCGAGUCUGCUGGAAUUCUGCCUGCUGAGCAGCAGAGAGGGCUUUCCAUGGGCCUCGCCCUUUGUGGGGAGGUUUUGUGCCCUGUCCCACGCUCCUCACCCGGCUGUGUGGCCUGGCCCUGGCCUUCACACCCGUCUGGACACCUGGAAAACACCACAGAUCCAUGGAACAGAAGGUUCCCUUGCUUCUGUUGGAAGAAGUGCUGCUGGGGGAGAUCAGGGGGUGUCUGAUCUCCCCUUGUCCCCUCACCACAGGCAGGAGCGGUGUGAGGCAGCUCCAGGUGAGGAGCCAUCUCUUGGAAGCAAAGCCAGCACAAAGCAGAGCCACCUCCCACGGAAUAAACUGGAUGAUUUUAAUUUUUUUUUGUUUGUUUUUGCUGCUUUGCAGCUCUAAAGACAUUUCCAGUGAAAACCAUCCCUUGGCAUGGUCAGGGGAGUGAAUUGGGAGCACAGCAGCUCCCGGGUGGGCUGGCAGAGGUGGUUUUAUCCCGUUGUCCUUAGGAAUCCAUGUGCUCUGUCUUGGCUGUUUAUUUAUUUUGUGAAAUCUCAGCCUCCCGUUGGCUGCAAGCCCUGUUAUCCCACACCCACCAUGGCUUGGACCUGAUUUUAAUCUUUUUUUUUUAAUUCUUUUUUUUUUUUUCCUAAUGGUUCCUCCACCUUCAGAAGAAAUUGGGUGGAAGUUCAGGAUUGGAAAUGGUGCUUGAUAGAGGCACAGGGAUGAUGGGGACGGGGUUAAACCAAAAUCCUGCUCACAGAAGGAGCUGGAUGUGUUUCCCAAUGGCAUUCCCUGCCCGGAGCCUGCCCGCCAAAACCUUCAGGUUAUUUUUGCUGGUAGAUACCCACGGGUCAUAAGGAGGGAGAAGGCAUCGAUCCCAGUGGAUGCUCACAGAGGCUGUAUCUCUCGAUUUAGAGUUAAUUAUACAAUUGUACAUCUAUAAAUAAAUGUUUAUAAUGUGAAAGGC